GUCAAGAAUUAAUUAAAACACAGAUUUUUGUAAGUCUUUUAAUUUAAUUUCACCCACAGUAUAAAUUACCAAGGCUUAUAUUUCGUCAGGAGUUGGUUGUUUUGUAGUCGAUUCCACUGACAUUAGUAAAUUAUCAUUCAAACGAAUAAGUGCAUAACCUCAAAAUGGGUGUAAAAUGGAUUACAAUUAACGAACGGUUGCAAAAUGGCAUUAAAUUAAUCAAUUCUCUUUCUAUAAACAAAUAUAAGUUGCUUUUAACACAUAUUGUUCAUCCUACAUCUGAAGAAUUAUUUACUGAUGAUGAGUUGAAGAAAUUACAAGAAUCCUUAAAAUUAAAUCAAUCUGAUGUUCAGUUGUUGAUUCAGUGCAUGGUUCACAUUUUUAAACAAGCUAGCAAAGUUAUCCUAAAACCAACAAUUUUACAAAAACAAUUAUGUGAAAACUUAGGACUAGGUGAAGAAAAGGCAGAAGUUUUUAUUAAAUUAUGGCUAGAAGAGACCAAAAAUGACUUUGGUUAUUUUGAAAAUCAGUUGAAGUUGGAAAAUAUGUCUUGGGAAUUAAAUCUACAGACAGCAUCAAAGUUUUGUAACAAAGAAGCAGUACCAAAUGCAAGGAUACAUUUUAAUCUAACAAAUCACAAUGGAAAGGAAGAAAAUUUACUUUUAGAGUUGGAAAAGGAUGAACUCUUACAACUUUAUAACACAUUGGAGACCAUUCAAGUGAAACUUGAUAAUUUACAAAAUGCACCUGAAUAAAUUUGUUUAACACUUUA